CUGUGCUCCAGCAGGGGGUCGGGGGUGCUCAAACAUGGCUGCGUUCACCUACCUGUGUGUGUGUUUGGGGCUGUUGGCUGCGCUUCAGGUGCCGACCACUCUGGCCGACGAUGUGGAGGUAAGAGAAAUGUUCGCAUCUUCCGCAGAACAGAGUGAGAUUGUGAACAAGCACAACACCCUGAGGAGGAAUGUGAAACCGUCUGCCAGCAACAUGCUGAAAAUGAGCUGGAACAGAGAAGCAGCAGCCAACGCUCAGAGAUGGGCCAACACUUGCUCCAUGAAGCACAGUUCUAGGAGCGACAGAGAGAUCAGCACCAGCGGCUGUGGCGAAAACCUCUACAUGGCCAGCUACAAGAACAGCUGGAGCAACGCCAUCCAGUCGUGGUAUGAUGAGGUGAAGGACUGGCGCUACGGUGUGGGCUCCAUCAACGGUGGCAUUGUUGGCCACUUCACUCAGAUUGUCUGGUACAGUUCCAACCAGAUCGGCUGUGCCAUGUCCUACUGCCCCAACUCCAAAUAUAAGUACUUCUAUGUCUGCCACUACUGUCCACCAGGGAACUACGGCUACACUCAUCCCUACAAAUCUGGAAGGCCUUGUGCUGACUGUCCCGGCGCCUGCGAGAAUGGCCUGUGCACCAACCCCUGUCCCUACAAAGACCAGUACAGCAACUGCCCAGAACUGAAGCAACAGUGGGGCUGCAGCAACUCAGACGUGGCCUCCUGGUGUCCGGCGUCCUGCAAGUGCACCAACCAGAUUGUUUAAAGCACCUGACCUACAGUGACUCUAGACAGAGCGCAAUAAAGA